CCAGCCAGCACCGAGCUGACCGCUGUUGGGCGGCAUGGUGCGACUGGGGGAAGAUGCCCCCGCGCUCGCACCAGAACCCCCUCAUUCGCAGCAGCUGGUGAUCGAGAGACUUUCGAGCUGUUCCGACGAGGAGCUGCUGGUGGAGCUGCGGUCGCUGAGACGACAGCACUGGGAACGGUGUCCGGCGGCGAGAUGGCACCCUGUUCUAAAUCGAUUUGAUGCCCUGCUUGCUGCGUACGCGGAACCCAAGCAGCGCGAUGCUGCCAGCGCCGAUGCGGAGCAGCUCGUGUGCGAGGUGCUGCGGGUGUUGUGCGACGUGCUCUUCCAGCACCCGGAGCUGAAGGGCGCGUUCGCCUCGGGGGACCGCCUACGCGACCUGCUCGAGUGUCCGCGCCUGCCAGUGGUGCUGGGCGCGCUGAGGUGCCUCAGCGCCUGCCCCCCUGGGCGCCUGCUGCGCGGAUCCGCUGGCGUCGCGGCGCAGCGGCGCCUCGAGGCGCUGGCCGGCGGGGCGGACUGGGCCGGUGGUCUGCGGGGCGCCUGCCGGCCAGGCUGCCCCGCUCGGGACUUCCUGUGUGAAGUGCCCCGCGCAGCAUCUUCCGGCGGCGGCGGCGGCGGUUUGACGGUAGUGUCCGCGCCCGCGUCCAGUGCGGAGUCGGACGAGGACGCUGUGAUGAACGAGAUCUUGGCGCGGUGCGACGUCGCGGAGGCGCACCGGGCCGGGCUGCGCCUGCAGCUCAGCAUGUGGCGCCACGGGGUCACCGCGCAGGGGCGGAGGGAGGUGGUGGCGCUCUCGCUCUACGCGCUGUGCAACGCCGUGAGGCACCUGGGCCCCGGCUUCCUGCAGCAGCACCUGCAGAGGCGCCCGGGGCUCUUCUCCGAGCUCUGCGACCUGCUGCAGGACCUGGAGGCCGUGGGGCCCGAGGUCGGGGUUGCAGCGCUGAGGGCCACUGGAGCGAUCUUAGACUCGAGGAGUGGGCCCAGCAGGACUGAGGCCUCCCAGCUCUCGCAGCUGCUCGGCCUGUCGGUCCCGCACGGGAUCGUGUCCUGCGCGCUCCGGCGGCUGCUGGGGGAGCAGCCCGUGCCCGACGCGGUCGAGAGCCACCGCAGGGUUCUUCUGGCGGCUCUGGAGCUCUUCCAGGUCAUGACCUCAUGGAAUCACCAGGCGACCGCUCAGCUGGGGCACGCCGGAAUGAUUCUCGCGAUGCUCGACCUCGCGAGCAAGACGGACCUGCCAACGCUGCCCGCGGCUGCCGCGGCGCUGCGGUGCCUCGAGCUCGCGGCCGAGGCCUCCGAGUCGACGGCCUUGGUGCUCUUCCGCGAGCUGCGCGGCCUCGAGGCCUUCUCGGCGCGCUUGCGUCAGGAGGUCGAGCUGCUGCUGGCACUCGACUUCACGGGGGACGUCUACUGCCAAACGCCGCCAGGCCUUCAAGCGCCGGUCGAGGACAGGGACCGGUACUGGCGGACCCUGGAGGAGGUGACGGCCCGCAGGAAGCUGUGCCGGCAGCUGCUGAAGAACAUUCGCGUGGCGCUGCAGUGCUCCGAGGUGUUCCAGUCUGGCAUGACCACGGCCUCGCUGGUGGAGGUGUUGAAGAGGAUUCUGCAAGAGCCCGAGAAGGUGGGGCUCUCCAUCUUCGGCACUGCGGUGGAGAUCGUAUCCGCCCUCAUCCAGGACGACCCCUCCCGUGUGCCCCAGAUGAUCGAGUCCGGUGUCCUCCCUGGCAUAGUUGGCGUCCUCCGGAAGGACACGCUGCGGUGCCCCGAGUGCCUGGCCGCUGUGCCAGAUGCACUGGGCGCCAUCACGCUGCACGCGGCUGGGGUGGACUUCGUCCUGAAGGCUGAGACGCAGCCCAUCAAGCUUCUGAUCGAUGUGGUCGUGGACCCGUCGUUCGCGCCGAUGCUGCACUCGCAGCCUGAGCUGGUCCAGAUCCUGAGCACCCACCUCGACAAGGUGAUCCGGAACCGCCCAGCGGGCUCGGCGAAGCUGCCAGAACACGUCGUGGAGUGCAUGUUGGAGACGAUGCGCGCGCUGCUGGAGCAGGCCAAGGCGUAUCCGCCCUGGAGCCCUCUGGAGCUGGCCGAGAGCGCAGAGUUCCUGGCGGACCGCCUGGCGAGCCUCGGGCGCCUGUGCUGGCACGUGCUCGGGGCGAGCGAGGAGAUGCUGUCGCUUUUCCUGGAGAAGCAGGGGCUCGGCCUGGUGUACGCGCUGCACCGGCUCCCGUGCCUGCCGUACCACCUGUGCUCCUCGGAGGGCGGGCAGCAGCACCCGCUCGGCAGCCUCUUCAGCAUGCGCUGCGGCGGGCAGAGCUGCCACGCCAAGGCGCUCCCCGUGCUGAGCGAGAGGCUGGAGGAGCCCUACGCGAAGGUCUCGGCCACCCUCCGGGAGCGCCUCCGCGAGCCGUGCGACCUGGCGGGUGCUCUGGCGAAGAUGGAGGCCGGCGAGAUCGACGAGUUCCUGCGCGCCCUGAGCUCGGUCGCCGGCAUCGCGGAGGGUCUGCUGUCGAUCUGCCGCGACGGGGCCAGCACGCAGGUGCUGGAGGCGCUGCGGGAGCCACUGGAGAAGAUCGGCAGCCUGGCGCCCGCGCUGCUCGCCAUCGACGCCACGCGGAGCAGGAGCGGCCCGCCCAGGGCGCCUCCCCGCGCCGCCACCGCCACCUACAACGAGCUGGCCCGCAGCCUCUUCGAGGCGCCGCCGCCCCCGGCCGCUGGCGCGCCGAGCGCGGGCCCGGGCCGCAUGGAGGUGGACGCCGGCGGCGCGGCGCCGGCGCUCGCGAGCGGCGCCUGCGCGGCACCUGCGGGCGACGCGCGGUCGGACGCCGCAGGCGCCGCCGCGGAGGCCGCGCAGGAGGCGCCCCGGGCGGGAGGAGCGCCCGGCGCCGCCCCGCCCUGGCUCCACGUGGCGAGGCAGUGCUUCCGGCUCUCGGCGCGGUCCGUGCGCAACCUGCUGGGGGCCGUGUCGAAGCAGCUGCACGGGAGGGCCCGGGCCACUGAGGCCGCUCAGGUCGGGACGGGGGGGGGGAGGCCAAGCGUACCCCAGGACAGACGUGCCCUGGAGGGGGGGCCUCAGGGCCCACCUCGGGGCGCCCAACGGCUGCGUUUUGGCGCCCACCGUGGCUGGAUCCGCGGCCGCUGCGACACCUCCCUGAGGGUACGUCGUCCUGGGGGUACGUUUGGCCCUUCCCAAGGGAGGGGGAGGGUCAGGGGCAACGAUAGGGGGCAUGCGGUCGAACCGAGGUAUAAGAUCGAGGUCGGUUCGGGGAGGGUACCCUAA